CAAGGUUGAACAGGGGCAGACGCGCUGCCCCCCUGCUGCCUGGAGACAGCCUGGUCCCCAAGACCAGAACCCUGACAGGGCAAGAAGAGAAGAAAAGAGAAGAAAACAGAAAGCAAACACCUCGAAACCGCGAAGAAACCCUUCUCCCCACUUUUUUUUUUUUGCUCUCUUCUUGCUACUUUACUCUCUUCUCUUGCUAUUCUUGCUUCCUCCUUUCCUUCUGCACAGCUUUGAAACAGUCGACGUCAUUUCUCUCGCGCUGUUUGACUUGCUUCCUUUUGAUUUAGGCUUCUUAAGGCCUACAAACCACUGUGAUGCAGUUUGCUUUUGUGGGCGUGCUCGUUUUUCGUCAGUCCACUUUGCAGCUGUAGCGCGACACUCCCUCUCCAGCGCCCUUCAGCUUAUGCCGGCUUGUGCUUUGGAACUCGACACUGCUAUGGAAUAGGAUUCUGGCGGUUCAGGAGCGUCGCCGUGGAGUUGGCGACAUUUCGCUUGUCGGCAUUUUAACAUCUCGGCGAGCACCACACUUCACCAGCUUGGAGCAGGCGGCGUAUCAACCUUUGUGGUUGGUCAUUUGCAUCCGCGCGUGCAGCAGGGUGCUUUGGGUGUGGCGGUCGGGGGAGCCCUGCAGCACUUGGCUGUUUUUUUGGGGUGUGGCUUGUCUUCGUGCCCUUGUUGCCUGGUGCCUGGAUGCCGGGCGCCCGCCCUGCUGCGAUGCCCUGUGCGGGCAGCACUGCCAGCCCGUUCUUCAGCCCCGGGCUGCAGCUCCACCUUGCCCUGUCCACGCAUAGCCUGGCGCACGGCGUGCAGGACCUGACGACGCAGCCUCAGGGCCCCAGCCUGCCUACCUACCCAGUCCUUCUGGUGGGUGCCACCACCACUCUGGGAAAACAAAGUUACCGGACAAUCCAAAACCUACCGGACAUGUGACCAGACUUACCGGACAAGUGCCGUACCCUACCGGACAAUGCCUGAAAUCUACCGGACAAUAGUCCCCGGCGCCCCUUACCGGACAUUUGCAGGCCGCGAUUUGCCAAAUCUUACCGGACACCAUGCACACCAGUGAAAAGCCGGUUCAACAGCACCAGCAUGCUCAGUUUAUGUACUGUAUUGAUUAGUUGUGUGUUAUUACCAAAGCGACAAGAUCCUUGCACAGGGCAGAGCCAUGUCCGAGUCCUACUACUAUGCUGGCAGAGACAGCUUCCACACGUCUGGCGGUGGCUCCAUUGAGUUUGCCGAUAGCAAGGGCAACGUGGUGAACAUGAACGACCACAGGUGCAGGAGGGGCGGCAGCGGCAGCGGCAGGCCCUUCUGGAACGGCGUUGGAUGCAUUGUUGAUGACAAACGAAUAGAGUUUGGCUCUAUAAAGUGGUACGUACAAUAAGAAUUG